CAACGUUGUGACGUAUAUGGCUUACGUACGGCACAUGUAACACAGAGUUGUGCAACUCCUUCUGGGUAACAUAUCGGCCGUCCUGCACGUUGACAUUGGGAUAGUAACCUGACAGAAGAACGCUUCUUAGCUGACUAAGAGACAGGGCAGGAUGGGAGCGUUUGUGUCCACACCUGCUGCUCCUACAGUCAGGGCAGAGGCCAUGAUGGCUGCCCCUCCUCAGGGCUGCCCCAUGCACCAAGAAGCCAAGCCUGUUACAGUGUCUCCACCAUCAGAGUGCCCCAUGCAUCAAGCUCAGCCUCUAAAGGUGUCUCCUCCAUCAGUGUCUCCGAUGCACAGAGCAGAAGCAGGUCCAGCCCACCAGGACCGGGCCUACGAGUUUGUAGAGUGUCCCAUGAAAGCUGCAGCAGGCAUGAAGAGUGACAUCAACCCAGCAAAUAUGAUGCCUCCUCCUAACCAAAUACCAGCUCCAGACCAGCCCUUUGACCUGUCACUCUCCAGAGAGGAGUCCAAAAUUCCCUGUCAUGGCACUGAAAAGAACUGGGUUUACCCAUCUGAACAAAUGUUCUGGAAUGCCAUGCUGCGCAAGGGGUGGCGCUGGCGCGAUGAUGACCUCACUCGUCAAGACAUGACUAAUAUCAUUAAAAUCCACAAUCAGAACAAUGAACAGGCCUGGCAGGAGAUCCUGAAAUGGGAGGCUUUGCAUGCAGGUGAAUGUCCAUGUGGGCCGACCUUGAAGAAGUUUGGUGGGAAAGCCAAAGAGUACUCACCCAGGGCUCGCUUCCGUCACUGGAUGGGAUACGAGCUGCCUUUUGAUCGCCACGACUGGAUCAUCGACCGCUGUGGGAAGGAGGUGCGCUACAUCAUCGACUACUAUGACGGUGAGAUCAACAAAGACACCUACCGGUUCUCCAUCCUGGAUGUACGCCCCGCCUUUGAUUCUUUAGAAGCCAUCUGGGACCGCAUGAAGGUGGCUUGGUGGCGCUGGACCUCCUAAAGGACUCUGAUGUGUAUAUAGGUCACUUUGUGAACUUCAUACACACACAUACAAAGACUGUGAAUAUGGUGUUCAUCAUAUCAGCACUUUACAACAUGUGUGGUGCUGUACAAAGAAACAAACAAAAUCCACAAAGAAAAACAAAAUCACUAUGAUAGUUUAGCAGAACCUCUCAGUUAGGCUGUAUGAAGCUUUCUCUGCUAAUCAUAUUGAUUUAAGUGGAAAUUAUAAUUUUAUGCUUCCAUUGCAGUUCACAAAUCUUAUAACAGCAUGUGCAUCUAAGCUAGUGGAAGUGUUUGUCAAACAGGUCUUAUGGGUUUCAAACUUCUGGGAAUCUGUUCACGCUUCAUUCUGCUCUCAAUUCAAAGAUCACUACAGGAACAGCUUACUUACUUUUUUGCAAUUCUUUCUCACAGUUUUACAAAUCAAGUUCAUCAUGAGGAUUACUGCUUAGCUUUGUCAAAUCUUAGAAAAUAACCCUGAUGAUGUCGUAGUGAUGUCAUUGGGGUUAUUCCGGCAUAGGCUUGGGGACUAUAAAUUUUUUACGUUACAAACUGCAGGUGUGGAGUUUGAAAGACGGUUACAUUUACUAGGCGGGGGGGUGUAAUGAAAGAUGUUAGCAUGGUCCAGUAUGGGGAAUGUAGGAUCCAGCACUUUUGGUUCUUGACCCACAUUAGAGACUAAAUCAGGAUAUUUCAGCCAGUGUUUAAUGUUUCUUUCAGUCCCACAUAACAUUUAUGGAAAUGCAAUAUUAAACUAACUGCAGCACCCCUUGAGGCUGAAAGUACUGAUUUAGUGUUCAAAUAACUGAACUGAUUAUUUUUUUUUUUUAAUCUGCUGAGACUUGGUGAUUGAUGUUUUUAUAGAUAAGAUUUAUCACACUUUGCAGCUUUGUCUUGUAAACUAGUAAUCUUUGGGUUUCUUUCUUUCUUUUCUUUUUUUUUUUUUUAAAUCACAAACAGAAAAUCCAGAAAAGAGCAAUGCCACAGCAUUUUAAAAGUCACAACGUAAUGUUUUAUUUAAAUAGUUCAUGUUGCUCUCUUCAAAUGAAGAUAUAUUUCCUUAGUCUAUUUUCCUUAGAGGUAUUUCAUUGUUGGUGAUAUCAAUUUUAAGCAUUUUUUUAAAGAUUAAUUUCAUUUUAAUGUCUCACUUUGUGAGGAUAUUGUCAACCACAUCCUCCCUUUGAUGUAAAAGCUGCAUAAAUUAACUUUAAAAAAGCUCUUUGACUGUGGCUUACAUAUGUGUAUACACAACUUAUACUCUUACAAUUUUGUUCUUGCAGAAAAGACCCACAAAUGUACCUUACCAAUAACCUGCAAUGUUAGUUGCCUCCAGGCAGACUGAAGCUUGUUCAAUUUUGUGGUAAUAACUCCAGUGGCAGUUUGAGUUGAGUAAAGUAAAUUUGUUUGUCUUCACUUCUACACAGUGACAUGACCUGCUGACUUUCUCACUUUCACUAAUUUGUCUUCUCUCAGCCUUUGCAAAGCGCAUCUGCUAUGAUUGUAGGAAACUUUACCACCUUGAUAUUUUCUUGAGAAGAAUGAUGAGUUAUUGUUUUGCCAGGAUCAUCCUUAUUGGUGAGAGGGUUUUGACAGAUUAACAUGACUGUGUAGUGGGUUACGGGUGUGGAUAUACAGUAUAGUUACAUUUUUUUUUUUUUUUUUUUUUUUAAAGGACCAGGAUGAAUAUCAGCCUUGCAAUUAAACCCUGUACCUCUGUAACCCAUUUCGCUUUACCUUGUUAUCGUGGUUCGUUUGGCCUGACUUAUCAAGUUUGGACAUAGGUGCAGUAGCUCGUUUGAAUUUAAAUUGAAAGCCAACUGACAUGUUCAUAUACUGUAUCAUGUUCUUUCAGCAUUCUGCAAACAGUAUAUUACUUUCCUAUUUCAUAACACAAAAAGGGAUAAAAGCUCUAAAGGAGCUCAAUUAAAAUGGAUUUUUAUCUCAGAUAUAUUGCGUUUGCAUGGGUUGAAAUUUACAUUUGUCCUCUGCAAUUGUUUGAUAUAUUUCACUAACAUUUCAUCUGCAACUUUUUCAGUGCUGUCAGAAUUUCAUGUCUCAGCUCUGGUAUAUAAUACUAUUGUGCUAAUAUUCAUAUUUUUAUUUAUUAUUUGUUGAAUCAGUGUAGAUUUCUGUGUACAGAAUCUCGAAAUUUCUGUUCCCAUAAAGUAUUCUUGUAUCUUAAAAUGAUAUUACUAGCACUGGUGGUCAAAUAAACUCAAUAAACUAUCAAUAAAGCUUGUCCUCUUCCGCCUUUAAA